AUGUCUCUCCCCUUUCCCCGUGCCGACACCGAGGUCGACUACCCAAUCUACUCGGUCGGCUUCGACCCUGAGGAUGCGAACAGAUUAGUUAUCGGCGGUGGGGGCGGUGCCGGGCGUUCCGGCGUCGGUAACAAGAUUACGGUUUUCGAUGCCUCUCACCAAGGCGAGAUCCGAGUCGCUGGCGAAAUCGAGCUCUCUCGCGAGGAAGACAGCGUCAUGUCCAUCGCCGUCGGCCCACACAAGGGCAAAACCACAUACGUCUACGCGGGCAUCAACUCCUCUUCAGAAGAUAUUGCCAAGGGCGAAAAUCAGCAUCUGCGCCUCUUUUCUAUCAAUCCCUCCAAAGCAAGGCCGCUGGCUGCCACGGCCACUAGCCCCUCAAGGCCGAGAGCCUUCCCCGAGGCCAGAAUCGCCGAGGUUUCCCGCACAGCCCUCUUUGCGAACCCAGACUCCAGCACAUAUCAGCGUCUGUUGCGUGUCUCGGGAUCCAUCGGCGCCGCAGCAUCUGCUCUGGGCAAGGAACCUCAACUAGCCGUGUUCGAGACGACUACGCCGAACCCAAAAAUACGUGGAGUGCUGGAGCUGACCAAGGAAGCCGAGGCCAUCGACGUCAUUCAGACAGGGGAUGACGAGUUCCAGCUGGCCUACGUUGACCGUUACGAGCUGUACGUUGUCGAUAUCGGAAGCAAGUCAAACGGCGAGCCCAAGUUGGUGUUUUCAAUGCCAGACGACCACGGGGAGCGGCCCCAAUUCAGAUCAAUUCGGUACUUGACUCGAGAGUUUAUUCUUGCCGUUUCCAACCUGCCCAGGAAGAACACGGGCGCGCUGAUCCAGGGACUUCGACUGCCCUCACCCGGCCAUGACAAGGCCAGAUUGGCUACCACGGCCAAGAUACCACGCAAAAUUUCGGCUACGGCUUUGGCCGUGACUAACCUGUCGUCGUCGGCAUCGCCUACGGCCCCGGUAGGCAACACGCAGUUCGUGGUGGCUGUUGCCGGCAACGACUCGUCAAUCUCGCUAUACACGCUGGAACACCAAGUCUCGCCCGUGUUGAAUCUGCUUCUCAACUUGUAUCCUUUCCACACCCUCAAGGGCGUCCACGGCGAUGACAACAUCUCGGGACUCGCAUUCUCAACCUUCAGCACGCCCAAGACGCACAUCCGAGCACAGUACGUCAAGCUAGCGAGCACGUCGCUUCAAAAGACCGUCGCAGUCCACCGUAUCCCGCUGAAGAAGUUUGUCGACCUGGAAGCCCGUCGAAGCAGGAGAGGUCCCCCGCCACCAACGCGCUACGUCGUUGCCAUGCGGUCUCGCGCGCCAUCCGCCCGACCGCUCGUCGUGACCCUCAGUGUCAUUGUGCUUGUCCUCGCCAUCGUUGCGCAGUCCGUCAAGGAGUUGUGCGGCGUGGGCAAGCCCGUCGUCUUUGCGCAGCCGUUUUUGCCCUCGUGGCACGGAAGCCUUCGACGGCCGAGGACACACGCGUCGUAUUUGUCUGGGAACCAGCUCAUUUCGAACUUGAUGGACGGUGACAGGGUGUUGGGGUCCAAAGAGAAGCUUGUGCUUGUCGAAGCUGACCAUGCCGUCGCCGCCGAGGGUGAUGGCGAUGGCGAGACGACGACGUCGACGACCAAGAAGCUCCGGGUGGAUGUGCACGACUCUGAUGCCCACGGAUCGGCGAGAAGAUGGGAUCAGCUCCACGUGGAUGAGCAGGACGCGUGGAAGGAGAGGCUCCGUGAAGCAGGCGCCUGGACACAGAACAUGGGUGAGAGCGUGUUCAAGGGCAUCUUGUUUGGGGAGGUUGCAGGUGUUGUUGGGCGGGUUGUGGCCGGCUAG